AUGUCAACUCAUGCUCAAGGUGAAAAAAAAGAAACGGAAUUAUCUGAGAAAUUGGAGCCAUUGAAAUCUGUGCAAGCAGUGGAUGAGGAAAUUUCACAAACAACUCGUGCUAGACGACUUUAUAAAACAGAUUCUGAAGAAACAUUUUCCUCAACUUCACCCGAAUCAAUAACUUACGUCUUUCGCCGCUCACAUUUUAUUUCACCAACAUCUGUCAGUACGUCUGGAUUAGCGUUUAACGACGUUAACUCGAAUUAUUCAUCACUUAGGCGAUACGUGUCGUCACCUUGGCCUAUAGCGAGGCCAUUUCAGGAAUUUUCCAAUGCAUCUACUUCAUACCCAGACACACCUAUUUACUUUCCAAAGUUUUCAGAGCAAAUAAUGUAUGCACAACUUUUAAAGAGUACGAAUAGAGAUGCUGGUAAUUUUAUUUCACCAGCAUCUUUAAAUACGAAGAGUUCUUCAGACAUCGAAGAAAAAUUGGUUUGGGUAAGUUAA